AAACGAACAGCUGUUUUUUAUUUACCGCUUCAAGUGAAAGUUGUCAAUUUCUCAUUUCGUUCGAACGACGCAACUCUCAAAACUAUUAAUUUGAAGUUAAAUUACAUUUAUUUUAAGAAUGUUACGAACUAUUUUACAACGAAAUUAUAAACCUCAGUUAAACAACUUGACGCACAUACGAUUUUUUGCCCAGAACCCUUCCACGAGAGUUUGUAUUGUUGGCGCUGGGCCGGCAGGUUUCUACGCGGCUCAACAUAUUUUGAAACAUUUACCAAAUUCCAAUGUGGAUGUUAUUGACAAAUUGCCUGUUCCUUUUGGUUUGGUGAGAUUUGGUGUUGCUCCCGAUCACCCUGAAGUGAAAAAUGUAAUUAAUACUUUUACAAAGACAGCCGGAAAUGAACGUUUCAAAUUCUAUGGUAAUAUUGCUUUGGGCCAAGAUGUCAGUUUGAAAGGGCUACGCGAACGUUAUCAUAUCGUGCUGCUUACCUAUGGUGCUGAUCAGGAUCGCCAAUUGGGUAUUGAAAAUGAAACGCAACCAAAUGUGCUGUCAGCACGUAAUUUUGUUGCCUGGUAUAAUGGUCUGCCGGGUGCGGAAAAUUUAAAUCCUGAUUUAUCGGGCAAAUCUGUAACGAUUGUUGGCCAGGGAAAUGUUGCUGUAGACGUUGCCCGUAUGCUGCUGAGUCCCAUUGAUGAUUUGAAGAAAACCGACAUUACUUCUUAUGCCCUAGACUGUCUAGCCUCUAGUAAAGUGGAAAAAGUGUAUCUUGUUGGACGGCGAGGACCCCUACAGGUAGCAUUCACCAUAAAAGAAUUAAGAGAAAUGUUACGUUUACCCAACGUUAGCACCCAUUGGCGACCUGACGACUUUCAGGGUGUUACAGAAGCCAUUGAAAAAUUAGCACGGCCGCGUAAACGCUUAACUGAACUAAUGUUAAAAAGUCUUAACGAACAAAAGUCUCAACCACAAUAUGCCAAACAAUUUUUACCCAUAUUUUUGAGAUCACCAAAAACUCUAAAGGAUCAAGAGUUAGUGUUUACCAUAAAUGAAAUGCAACAGGAUAAGGCUGUGGCCACAGCGGCACAUGAAAGUCUACCCGCUGAAUUGGUAUUAAGAAGUAUAGGCUAUAAAUCCUCAUGUGCUGAUGGUGAUUUAUGUUUUGAUGCCCGAGCUGGUAUGGUUGCAAAUGUAAAUGGACGUGUUCUGAGAAAUGCAAACGAUACGGCCUCUGUGGAUCCUGGUCUAUAUACUGCUGGUUGGUUGGCCACUGGUCCCACAGGUGUUAUACUUACCACAAUGAAUGUAGCAUUUUCGGUGGCCAAGACAAUAUGUGAUGAUAUCGGGGCAAAGAAAAUUCCAAGGGAGGAGAGCAAACCUGGCCUCGUGGACUUGCUAAAGGACAAACGUUAUGUGAGCUGGCAGGCUUGGGAAAAAAUUGAUGCUGAGGAGACGAAACGUGGUCAGGCUGUGGGAAAACCAAGAGAAAAAAUUGUCAACAUUGAAGAAAUGUUAAAAGUUGCUGGGGUUUGAAGGUGCUGCGAUAAUGGUAGUUAAGGUUUAAAGUUACUGCCUGCUUUUUGUUAAAUUUAAAAUGAACUAAAUCGAGAAAGUUGCUACCUAACCUAUGUUUACUGAAAAGUAUUUGAACGAAAUAAAAUUAAUUCAAAAUUUAAUAAAACAGGAGUUUGAUAGCAACUCAUUCGAAUUGGUUUGUUUUGAAUUAUUACAAAAACAAGCUGUUAGUAUUAAGUAGAAAAUGUACAAAAAAUACAAUAAAAAAUAUUUUUUAUUUGUUAUAUAA